GUGGUUUGACUGGCCAAGCCGCCUUUCUGUGUUGCUGCAGCAUCUCUUGUACGUUCCCAGGGCCGAACAAUCAGCGCAGCUCCAGCACCUCAGGUGGUCCUGACUUGAAAAUCGUUUCUGAACUCCGGAGCCCCUAGCUACCGGAACGGCUUGUUCAUCUCUUGAUUAAAUUAUUUCUGCUGGACAAAAGAUUCUAAACUUCUCCCACCUUCAGUGUUGAUUCCCAAGAGCAUCGGCGUCAAGACCCCGCACGCUGCUAUCCUCUGUCUGCUCUCUCCUCUCCUCUCCACCAUCGUCCGUAGGCAGACGAUCAAGACCAAGUCACAAUGGCUACCAGCACCAAAACCACCCAGCAUGCCUUGAGGGCUUUGCGAGCAUCCUCCAAGCGACCCUAUACCUCCUUCGUCUUCCGCACCUAUGCCUCCUCCGCCGAGCCAGAUCUAAAGGCUACUCUUCAAAGUAUCAUCCCCGAGAAGCGUGAGCUCUUGAAGCAGGUCAAGGCUCACUCCGACAAGAAGAUUGGAGAUGUCACUGUGGGACAAGUUAUUGGUGGAAUGAGAACUCUCAAGUCCAUGGUGUGGGAAGGCUCAGUCCUGGACGCCGAGGAGGGUAUCCGUUUCCACGGCAAGACAAUUGCCGACUGUCAGAAAGAGCUUCCCAAGGGUACCUCUGGCACCGAGAUGCUGCCUGAGGCCAUGUUCUGGCUUCUCCUGACCGGCCAGGUUCCCUCAGAGGGCCAGGUCCGAGCCUUGUCGCGCGAGCUCGCCGAGAAGGCUGAGUUGCCCGCCCACGUCGUGAAUCUGCUCAAGGGAUUUGACAAGAGCGUCCACCCUAUGACACAGUUGUCCGUCGCAGUUGCUGCUCUCAACACUGAGUCUGUCUUCGCAAAGAAGUAUGCCGAGGGAUUGAACAAAGCCGACUACUGGGAGCCCACCUUUGAUGACUCGAUCAACCUACUGGCCAAGCUGCCUCGUGUUGCGGCUGCCAUCUUUGACAAGGCUGCCCUUGACACCCCCUUGGACAUGGAUCAAGAUUGGGCCUACAAUUUUGCCAAGCUCCUCGGUAAGCCUGGCAAGGAGAAUGAGGGUUUCCAGGACCUUCUCCGUCUUUACCUGGCUCUGCACGGUGACCACGAAGGUGGCAACGUCUCAGCCCAUGCCACCCACUUGGUCGGCUCUGCUCUCUCCGAUCCUUUCUUGUCAUACUCAGCUGGUCUGUUGGGUUUGGCAGGUCCUCUGCACGGCCUGGCUGCCCAAGAGGUGCUCCGAUGGAUCUUGAAGAUGCAAGCUUCCAUCGGUGAGAACUUCACCGACAAGGACGUCAGCGACUAUCUGUGGGCCACCUUGAAAUCCGGCCAAGUCGUGCCUGGAUACGGUCACGGUGUCCUGCGCAAGCCUGAUCCACGAUUCAAGGCUCUCAUCGACUUCGGAGAUGCUCGCAAGGACAUUUCCGAGAACCCAGUCUACCGCCUGGUGAAGAAGAACAGUGAGGUCGCUCCUGGCGUCUUGACCGAGCAUGGAAAGACCAAGAACCCUCACCCCAACGUCGACAGCGCGUCAGGCGUUCUCUUCCACCACUACGGCUUCCAGGAUCCUCUGUACUACACCGUCACUUUCGGUGUCAGCCGAGGACUUGGUCCUUUGGCCCAGUUGAUUUGGGACCGAGCAUUGGGUCUUCCUAUUGAGCGACCAAAGAGCAUCAACCUCCAGGGUCUCUUGAAGCUGGUGUAAAUGUUGGCCAGACGCAAUUCUUUGUUGUAAAUAGACUGGAAGCCUUCAACAGAGGUGCAAAAGCAUCAAUAGUUCACUAGUUCACUGGUACAAUAAAACUCCGAAAGUUCAGAAUUA